GCCGCAGCCAGAGCCCGGACAAGGCCGGGGUCCGGGACCGCAGGGCCGGGUUGCUCGUAGCGGCGGCGACGGAGCCCCCCAGCGGCUAAGGGGCUUCCUCCCAGCCCCUUGCGGGUGGCCGGGACUCAGCCAGCCCCUGCCGCCGCCGGGGAGCGUGGGGAUCCCCCCACUACAUCCAGAACCCAGAGAGCCCCAGGAACGCGGGGGGAGGAGGCCUCCAGACUCCCCAGCCGGGGAAGGCGAAGACUUCCUCGGUAUUCAGAAGACAGCGACGUACCUACGGCACCGCGAAGACUCCCGCUCUUCAAUCGGGGCGCCCCCAAGAUCUAAAACGCAGUGGCCCUCCGGUCAGGGAUUGUGGCUUCCCCUCUCAAGAUCCUGGUCAACACAACUCCACACCUCAGGACACGAAGACCUAGCUCAGAACGCCCCUAGAUCAGAGAGUCCUGGGCCCCCCAGUUCCGGUACACAGAACCCCCAAAGCUAGGAACCCGAGGACAGCAAGAGCUCUCCCUCACCAGCAAGAGGCCUCGGAGACCCCCCUACACACACAGACACACACACUCUCAAAGCUCCAGGACCCGGGCGACUGAGUCCCUCGCGGCGCCCUUCGCAUCCCAGCCCAUGGUUGCGGCGCCCUGAGCCCCCGGGCCGGGCAGACGAAAACCGAGACGGCGCCCAGGCCCCCUGCCGCGGCGUCCCCGCGGCCCCAGCCCAGGGAGAAGAUGAGCGUAGGCUGCCCAGAGACUGAGCCGCCCCGCUCCCUGCCCUGCUGUGGGCCAGGGACUGCCCCUGGGCUGGGUGCAGGUGUGCCCCUCCUCACUGAAGACAUGCAAGCACUGACCCUGCGCACGCUGGCUGCUAGCGAUGUCACCAAGCACUACGAACUGGUCCGGGAACUGGGUAAAGGCACCUACGGGAAGGUUGACCUCGUGGCCUACAAGGGUACAGGCACGAAAAUGGCACUGAAAUACGUGAACAAGAGCAAAACCAAGCUGAAGAACUUCCUGCGGGAGGUGAGCAUCACGAACAGCCUCUCCUCCAGCCCCUUCAUUAUCAAGGUCUUUGACGUUGUGUUCGAGACUGAAGACUGCUACGUCUUUGCCCAGGAGUAUGCACCCGCUGGGGACCUGUUCGACAUCAUUCCCCCUCAGGUGGGGCUCCCCGAGGACACGGUGAAGCGCUGCGUGCAGCAGCUGGGCCUGGCGCUGGACUUCAUGCACGGGCGGCAGCUGGUGCACCGCGACAUCAAGCCCGAGAACGUGCUGCUGUUCGACCGCGAGUGCCGCCGCGUGAAGCUGGCGGACUUCGGCAUGACGCGCCGCGUGGGCUGCCGCGUGAAGCGGGUCAGCGGCACCAUCCCCUACACGGCGCCCGAGGUGUGCCAGGCGGGCCGCGCCGACGGCCUGGCCGUGGACACCGGCGUGGACGUGUGGGCCUUCGGCGUGCUCAUCUUCUGCGUGCUCACCGGCAACUUCCCGUGGGAGGCGGCCUCGGGCGCCGACGCCUUCUUCGAGGAGUUUGUGCGCUGGCAGCGCGGCCGCCUGCCCGGGCUGCCGUCGCAGUGGCGCCGCUUCACGGAGCCGGCGCUGCGCAUGUUCCAGCGGCUGCUGGCGCUCGAGCCGGAGCGGCGCGGCCCGGCCAAGGAGGUGUUCCGCUUCCUCAAACACGAGCUCACGUCCGAGCUGCGGCGCAGGCCCUCGCACCGCGUGCGCAAGCCCGCCGGGGACCGCCCGCCGCCCGCGGGGCCGCUGCGCCUCGAGGCGCCGGGGCCGCUCAAGCGCACGGUGCUGACCGAGAGCGGCAGCGGCUCCCGGCCCUCGCCCCCGGCGGGGCCUGUCCCCGUGCCCGAAGCCGGCCUGCCCCCUCCGGGGCCCCCCAGCAGGACCGACGGCCGCCCGGACAAGAGCAAAGGGCAGGUGGUGCUGGCCACAGCCAUCGAGAUCUGCGUCUGAGCCGCCCUGCCGCACCUGGGCCGGGUGCCGGGUGCUGGGUGCUGUGCACGCAGCAGGCUGGGCGCUGGAGCCGCCCUAGGCCCACGCCAAGCCGGCCGUGGUGGUGGUGGUGGCUGCCGAGGCAACACCACCAGUUGGGCGGCGGCAGGAGGGAGUAGUGGUAGACUAGGCAGGACGGUGGCCUGGGCGCCCAUCCCUUCCAGGGGUUGGGGAGAUAGCCACCAAAGGCCUCUGGCCUGGCCUGUGGGGCAGGGGCUUGGCCCACAGGAGCCAAACCCCACAGACCUGAGGAUUCAGAGGCCCCCCCUGACACCAGGAGCAAGUGGACUCCCCAGCUCCUCCCUAAACCCCAAAACCUCUACUAGCUGCUCCUGGCCCUUUGCACCUCCUGGGAGAUCAUCCUGCAGCCCCACCCCAGGUCCUGCCCUCCUGCCCACCUAUCCACCCUGGGCACAGAAAGGGACUGAAGUGUUGAGACUAAGAAGAAGCUUAGGACCCCUGGGCACUAGCCAGAGGGCGGACAAUGAGCUGAGGGCAGGGUAUUGCUCAGCUUUGUCAUGCCCCUUUCCUGGGAGGACGGAGGGGAGAGGCCAAGUCCCUUGCAAAAUGUAGCAAAAGUGUGUGUGUAGGUACAAGCCCUAGGAAUCUAGUGACUCCCCCCAACCCAUUCCCCUGAUGAGGACACUGACCGCAGGAGGAAGGCAGGCUUGCGUUGGGCCACACAGCCACUGAGGUGGAGCUCUGGUAGCCCUCACCCUCCUCCCCAGGGGACAGAAUUUGGGACAGAAGGGCUCCUAGGGCAGGGGAGCUGAGUCCAGAGGCCGCACCUUCCCCAGGCCAAGAGAACCUCUCAGAUCCUCUCAGUCCUUGCUGCCCAGCCCAGACAGUGCCCUGGGGUCUGCAGGCGGUGAGGUGAUUUGUGCCAGAAAUUUUCCUUGAGUUUCUUCUGGGGUCAAAUAUGUCAGCCUCAGGCUGACCCUGUCCCCACAUCUCACUCAUUUCUGGUUCUGGAGUGUGAUGCUGUGGGUAUGAGAACAGAGGAUGCUGAGGAAGCGGGAGGGUGGUGUGUGUGGCGGGUGUGUGUGCGGUGUGAGCGCGGGGUGCGCACAUGCACACUAGCCUUGCGUGUUGAGUGACCGCAUCCAGAUGCCUCAGUCACCCCUCCCUGCCCCCGGAUUCUCACCAGGCAGCUGCCAGAGGGCAUCCAGGCCUGCUUUUCACCACACCCCUCAGGGAAUCUGGCCAGGACUGCACCUGCAGGUUGGUUCAGGACCCUAGGCAGCAAAACAGGAGAGGAACCCAGCCUCACCCAGGCCUCCCUCAUGUGCCCUGCCCUCUCUGUGGAGGCCCAGGACCCCGCAAUAACCUCAACAGGGUGAGGCUGCUCCCUCUGCCUGGCAGUGCACCAUGCACCAUUCUGGGCCCUCCUGCCAGGGUCCCUCCAGGGGUUCUAGGCCAUUUGAGGGGGCUCCUUGAUGGGCCAGGCUGUCCAGAGAAGCCCCAACCACCCUCUGGCCUGGAGUCCCCACCUCCAUUCACUCCCUCAUUCCCACAGUGCAAAAGGGCUAUAAGGUCCCCCUGCCCUGCCUGGGUCCAGUUUACAAACAGGUUGCCCCAGGGCCUGGCCCCCGCUUUGGUGUGCCGCCCUUCUCAAGACCCACCUCUCCAGCGGGCAUUGGGGCCUCCACACGCCAGGUAAGUAGCAAACCCCUCCUCUUUCACCAAGGGCCAAGGUCCCCCAUCACUGCCCCCGGCCCCCUGGAGCUCACCUGGGCACCUCUCCUUUUGCCUUAGGCCUUUUGACAUCCUGUCUCCUGCAAUAACAAGGAAGCGAGAUUCCAAGUAGAUGUCCCUGCGUGUGUCCUCUCUCUGUUGAGAUCCUCGUCUUAGUAGCUAGGAUGUUAGAGUUGGGAAGGGACUGUAGUUAUGUAGCCCACCCACCUUCAGAGGCACAGAGGGGGACAGUGACAGCCUGACUAAGAAACAGGGCUGGAAACGGGCUGCUCUGCUGUCAGCCCUGCUGCUGCCGUUGUCCCCACUGCCGCUUCUGCUGGUGGGGCUGGGACCCUUUGCCCCUUAGGAGAGGUGUUGGUCACAGAUGUUUACCUCAGUUUAUGUCAAUGUCGAAGAAACAAAAAAAUAAAUAGCAAAAAGUUAACACCGUAGACAUGAAGACUUAGUAAACAAAAAACAAAAAAAAAAUCCUCCCCUUGCUGUUCCUCUAUGAGGUGUGUGUGUGUAUGUGUGCGCGCGUGCGCGUGUCUCUGUCCCACCCUGGGCAGGCCCCUGUCCUUUGGUGCUUCCCAGAGGCCCCUCUGAGCUGGCCUGUGGGGUGUGGGGAGCCCCCUCGGCAGGAGGCGGGUUGGUUCAGCCACAAGUUACCUAGAGGGUCUCCCACCAGGUCCCUGAGCAGAGCCUCGAGGCCGCUCCCUAAGCCCCAUGCUGUGGCUGAUAGCCUGGCUCAGGGCCUGGGUGGGGUCCCAGCGCCCGUCCCAGACCCUCCUAUAUUGCCCCCCCUCGUGUGUUUGUAAAUACUCUGGCAUCCUUUGGCCCUGACGAGGUUUUUAAAUGUGU